AUGGAAAAACGACUUUUAACACUUGUUUCUUCUUCUAACCUGCUGAGAAUCUUCCAGACACAAGUCAGGAUGACUACCUCCUUCACUGACAAUCCUACCUGGAUUCAGAGAAUGAAAAUGCGUUUUGACCUACUGGAUGCAGAUAAUAAUGGUAUUCUUGGCAAUGCUGACAUUGCUCUUGUUGCUAAAAAUAUAGCAACCUAUCGAAAUGAAGGUCCUGAUGCUGAAAAGUAUUAUUUUAAAAUAAUGCAGUCUAUAACAUUGGCAGAUGAACAAGGAGUUACAGAAAAAGAGUUUAUAGAACAAGCAAAGAAGUUUGUCUCUCAACCUGAUGCCAAAGAACAUGUGAAAAAAUUAGCAGAUAUGGUUUUUGAAGUAGUUGAUGCCAACAAAGAUGGAGUGAUAUCUUAUGAAGAGUACUCCCAGGUUUACAAGGCAUUUAAUGCAAGUCAGGAAAUGAUUGAUGCAUAUUUUAAAGCAGCUGACUCAAAUGGAGACGGUUUCAUUGAUCCUUCAGAAACUCGCGAAAGUUACUUGAAGUACUUUUUCUCAGCUUAA